AUGAGUCAGAAGAAAGUAACAUUUGCCAUGAGGUCAUUGUAUGGUGUAUAUCCCUACAAAUCCAGCAUGAUUGGUCUGGAGAACCUGGGGGAUCCAUCUGAUCACUGGGAUAUCGUAGAGACCAUCGGUAAAGGGACGUAUGGCAAAGUCUACAAAGUGACCAGCAAGAAGGACGGAAGUCAGGCAGCGGUCAAAGUGCUGGACCCCAUCAAUCAUUCAAGUCACACCAACAGAGAUGUGGAUGAAGAGAUCGAGGCAGAAUACAACAUCUUGAGGUCUCUGUCCAACCACCCCAAUGUGGUGAAGUUUUUCGGAAUGUUUUACAAGUCGGAAAAUUUAUCAGGUGGACAGCUAUGGCUAGUGCUGGAGCUCUGCAAUGGUGGCUCUGUCACUGAGCUCAUCAAGGGGCUGCUGAUGCGAGGCCAACGUCUGCAGGAACCUGUUAUAGCCUACAUCUUAUACAGCGCCCUCCUGGGUCUUCAGCAUCUGCACAACAACCGGAUUAUCCAUCGGGAUGUCAAAGGCAACAACAUCCUCUUGACAACUGAGGGAGGCGUCAAACUGGUUGACUUUGGGGUUUCGGCACAACUGACCAGCGCGCGAUUGAGGAGGAACACAUCAGUCGGGACACCGUUUUGGAUGGCUCCUGAGGUGAUAGCCUGUGAACAGCAGUAUGACUACUCGUACGAUGCCCGCUGUGACGUGUGGUCGCUGGGCAUCACCGCCAUUGAGCUUGCGGAUGGAGACCCCCCACUGGCUGAGAUGCAUCCAGUCAAAGCUCUCUUCAAGAUCCCACGAAAUCCCUCCCCUACGCUGCAAAAUCCUGACCAGUGGUGCAGAAGUUUCUGCCAUUUCAUUGGCCAGUGUCUGAUAAAGGAUUUUGAGGCGCGUCCGUCGGUGACGCACCUCCUGGAGCAUCCCUUCAUCAAGCAGGCCCACGGCAAAGAUGUGGCCCUACGACAACAGUUGGCAGCUCUUAUCAAAGAGCAGCAAGAACUCGGCUGUGCAGCCAAAACUAAGCACGAACGGAUCAAUACUCGUAAAACCCUCAUCAUAGAGAGCAGUCCAGACGACGACCUGGUCAACCUGGAGUUCUUAGACGAGGAAACAAUUAUAGCCCAUCUUCACAAGAGGUAUGCUGAGCUGCAGGUGUACACGUACGUGGGUGACAUCCUCAUCGCACUCAAUCCUUUCCAAAACCUCAACAUCUACUCUCCUCAGUUUUCAAAGCUGUACCACGGCGUAAAGCGAGCUGACAACCCUCCCCACAUCUUUGCAACAGCCGAUGCUGCUUACCAGAGCAUGGUGACUUUCUGCAAAGAUCAGUGUAUCAUCAUCAGUGGAGAGAGUGGUGCUGGGAAAACUGAAAGCGCUCAUUUGAUUGUUCAACAUCUGACAUUCUUAGGAAAGGCAAACAAUCGGACUCUACGUGAGAAGAUCCUGCAGGUGAACCCUCUUGUGGAAGCUUUUGGGAACGCCUGCACAGUCAUCAAUGACAACUCCAGCCGCUUUGGAAAGUACCUGGAGAUGAAGUUUACACCCACCGGGGCCGUCAUUGGUGCCAAAAUAUCUGAGUACCUGCUGGAAAAGUCGAGAGUCAUCAAACAAGCCAUGGGUGAGAAAAAUUUCCAUGUCUUCUAUUACAUAUACGCUGGGCUCUACCACCAAGAUAAGCUGAAAACUUACAGGUUGCCUGACAGGACAGCUCCUAGGUAUAUUGACAAUCAAGAUGGCAAAGUUAUGCAGGACAUUGUCUCGAGCAAACUGUACAAGGAGCAGUUUGAAGUUAUUCAGGAUUGCUUUCGGAACAUCGGCUUUACCGAAGAGGAAGUCAACUCUGUUUACAAAAUUCUCUCGGCCAUAUUGAACACCGGAAACAUUGAAUUCACCGCCAUCACAUCCCAACACCAAACCGAUAAGAGUGAGGUGCCUAACUCAGAGGCCUUGGAAAACGCCGCUUCCCUGUUAAGCAUCGGUCCCGACGAGCUCCAGGAGGCGCUGACCUCCCAGUGCGUGGUCACCAGGGGCGAGACCAUCAUCCGCACCAACACGGUGGACAAAGCGGUGGACGUUCGAGACGCGAUGUCCAAGGCGUUGUACGGCCGCCUCUUCAGUUGGAUCGUAAACCGCAUCAACACUUUACUGCAGCCCGACAUGAACAUCUGCGCCGCAGAGAGCGGCAUGAAUGUGGGAAUCCUGGACAUCUUUGGCUUCGAAAACUUCAAGAAGAACUCCUUUGAGCAAUUGUGCAUCAACAUUGCAAACGAGCAGAUCCAGUUCUACUUCAACCAGCAUAUAUUUGCCCUGGAACAGAUGGAGUACCAGAGCGAGGGAGUAGAUGCGAGCCUGGUGGAGUAUGAGGACAACAGGCCCAUCCUGGACAUGUUCCUGCAGAAGCCCAUGGGUUUGCUGUCCCUGCUGGAUGAGGAGAGCCGCUUCCCACAGGCCACAGAUCACACGUUAGUGGACAAAUUUGAAGACAACCUACGCUGCAAGUACUUUUGGAUCCCGAAACGUGUUGAGCUCUCUUUUGGAAUUCUGCAUUUUGCCGGAAAGGUGAUGUACAGCGUGAACGGAUUCCUGGAGAAAAACCGAGACACUCUCCCCGCAGACAUUGUGGUGGUGCUAAGAACAUCAGAGAACAAACUCCUGCAGCAGCUCUUCUCCAGCCCCUUAACCAAAAUAGGGAAUCUGGCCACAACCCGAGCCCGGGUGAACGCCGCCUCUCGAUCUCUGCCGCCACAGCUAAGUUCAGGACGCACCAAGUCUCCCAAAUACCUCUUGAAGGUGGACACCAUGGAGAUGAUGCGACACCCGGAAGAAACAACUAACAUGAGGAGACAGACUGUGGCCUCCUAUUUCCGUUACUCGCUGAUGGACCUACUAUCUAAGAUGGUAGUGGGUCAGCCGCACUUCGUCCGCUGCAUCAAGCCCAACGACGACAGGCGGGCGUUAUGCUUCUGCAAGGAGAGAGUGAUGGUGCAGCUGCGCUAUACAGGCAUUCUGGAAACUGUCAACAUCCGCCGCCAAGGCUACUCACACCGUAUCCCCUUUGCUGAAUUUGUCACCAGAUACUACUACUUGGCAUUCCGGGCUCAUCAAAUGCCAGAGACCAGCAAAGAGAAUGCCGUCACCAUAUUAAAUCAAGCCAAACUGGAAAAUUGGGUCCUUGGAAGGACAAAGGUAUUUCUGAAGUACUACCAUGUGGAGCAGCUGAACCUACUGCUCAGGGAGGUGAUAGCUCGGGUAGUGGUGAUGCAAGCCUACACCAAAGGCUGGCUGGGGGCACGACGUUACAGAAAAGGGAGGGAGAAGAGGAAUAACUGUGCCACCGUCAUACAGUCAGCCUGGAGGGGCUUCAUCACACGGCAGAACCUCAAGCAAAUUAGGAAGGAGCGGGAAGAGGCGGCGGUCCGUAUCCAGUCAGCUUACAGGGGCCAUCGAGUGCGUAAGGACUGCGGACCUCAGAGGCACAGAUGUAACCCCGAGGCUGACGGGAAGACCACCAAGGAGGGCCAUAUGGGAAAUACUUCUUCCUUUCACAGGUCUCCGAACCUGAAGAGCCUACAGAAGGCAAACGUCGGGCCCGACAGCCGAGACAGACACGUGAAAGACGCCAAGAGAGACAAAGACGGCGUGACGAAGCCUCGCGGGGAGACAGCCGGGCUGCGAGAUGCGCAGUGUAAACAAGGUCCAGUGACGAAGCUCCAGCAGAGGACCCCUCGCCGGCGGGGCCAGCAGCCCAAGCUGCUUAACAGCCCCGAAGACAGCCUGUACUAUAACCAGCUGCAUAGAACUCUGGAUUACCAGGGGAGCAAGAGGAAGCCCAGAAAACUUGGCCAAAUCAAAGUGCUGGACGGAGAAGAUGAAUACUACAAAUUACUGUCAUUGGUGGAGUCCAUCCCCGAAGAAGAGUACGAAAGCCCGGCCCCCGCCUGCCCGUUCUAG